AUGGGGUUGUUCUGGAGUCAAUAUUUCCCUCCCAAAGCCACAUUCGGCGUGGACGACAUUCCUGACCUGACGGGUCAGGUUAUUCUUGUUACUGGUGGAAACUCGGGCAUCGGGUUUGAGACCGUCAAGGCUCUUCUCGCGCAUAACGCCAAAGUCUACCUAGCAGCCAGGAGCAAAUCGAAAGCAACCGAGGCUAUCAACGCGUUAGAAGCUGCAACGGGAAACGCGCUGAGUUUCGGCAGAUUUGGGUUCUGUGAAAGAGGCGGCGGAUGA